UCUGCAAUUGCCCGGUUGCUUCGUUUAUGUGUUCAUUUUUUAGUGAUAACAAUCAAUUUUUGUUUGUCCAUUAUCCAACUUUCGAGUCUGCGACGAUAAUGUGAAUGUUAAAGCGUCUCGAAAAACCUGUUCAUUCAUUUAUUAAAAACCUUCAACUACUCGUUGAAAUCGAGCAACGAGUAGUAUGGCUGUCAAAAUAACCUCUUAACCAAAACUUUUCUCACUCAAUAGACUCGUUAUUUAUUGGUAUUUGACGAACUAUGGCAAACUAUGUUGGCAAUGCGAUAAUAUGCACCCUUAUCCUUUUUUCCAUUAUUAUUAUUUAUGUGUCGACUCAAAUUGUCAAGUCGUUUACGGAGCAGAAAAAUGACCUUAUGAGCGAUUCGUCUACCUACAGCUGGAUCAUAAGACUUUGCUUGAAUCUCCUUGGAUACAGUACUGUUUUAUUGCCUGGCUAUCUCAUUUACAAAUACGUGUGCCAUAGUAAAUAUCUUCAGAGAGCUGGUAAAGGAUGUCUGUUCAAACUAGUCGAGACUUGUUUUCUGGGCAAUGGCAGCACUGGCUUGUUAGAUUCUCCGGCAUACAGUCCAGCACGUGUGUCAUCGUCAAGCGGGCUGAAAAGUUUUUCCCAAGAUGCGCUUAUUCUUGUUUACUGCUUCUUUGGCUUGCAAAUGAGUUACUUAACAUGGGGCUACUUACAAGAGAAAAUAAUGACACAGGAAUACGUCAAUGACGCAGGAGAAAAAAGCCAUUUCCGUGACUCCCAGUUUUUGGUAUUUGUCAAUCGGAUACUUGCGUUUUUGAUGUCUGGAAUGUAUCUGAUUAUAAAGCGACAACCGCGCCAUACUACUCCAUUAUACAAAUAUGCUUUUUGCUCUCUGUCCAACAUAAUGAGCAGUUGGUGCCAGUAUGAAGCUCUAAAAUUCGUCAGCUUUCCCACUCAAGUUUUAGCCAAAGCUUCUAAAAUCAUUCCUGUUAUGAUAAUGGGAAAAAUCGUUUCGAAAAAUUCGUAUGAGUAUUACGAAUAUGUGACUGCUGUCCUUAUUUCUAUUGGAAUGACACUGUUCAUGCUGGGAAGUUCAACACACACAUCUGACAGUGCUACAACGAUUUCCGGUAUCAUUCUUCUAGCUGGUUACAUGGUGCUCGAUAGUUUCACUAGCAAUUGGCAAAACGCUCUCUUCGUCGAGUACGGCGUUACAAGUAUACAAAUGAUGUGCGCCGUGAACAUGUUUUCUUGCAUGUUAACAGCAAUGUCACUGUUCCAACAGUCGAGCUUCGUACAGACACUCGAUUUUGUUAUGAAGUAUCACGGAUUCAUUGUCGACUGUUUGCUCAUUUCCGUUUGCUCAGCGAGCGGUCAAUUAUUCAUUUUUUAUACGAUAUCGCAAUUCGGUGCAGUGACAUUUGUUAUAAUGAUGACUAUCCGCCAGGGACUGGCGAUAUUAAUCUCGUGUUUGGUGUACCAGCAUAACAUAACAGUUUUCGGUGUAAUCGGCGUUUUUAUAGUCUUCGGCUCAGUGUUCCUAAGAAUAUAUUGCAGCAAUCGUCUGCGAGCGAUUAGACGACGGAGAGCUGAAAGUAGCGUCGUUAAGGAUUAACGAUAACGAUACAAUUUGUUGCCGGUGUACAGUGGAUUGUGGAUGAAAAGUAUUGAGAAAAACGUUGCUAUCAAUAGGCAAUGACAAAUAGUUACGAAAAAGGAAGUAGAGAACUCUGACGCAGCAAGAGAUGCCGAAAUCUCUCCUGCUUAUUCCCGUUGUCCUGGUGAGCAGCUUUGGCGAUUUCUUUUGAAAUUCAAAAUAUCCAUUUUUUUCUUUCCAUUUUUCUAUCACUUACUCAGGAUACGAAAACAUUUAAUCGAGUUUGUUUUAGAUUAAACAAAAGUGCAAACGCAGUUUUAUGCGAUUUAUUGAAUAAUUAUAGAAAAUAUAUUUUUUUGCUGGAGUUUAUCCUAAAUGCCGCAAAACAAAGCUAAUGCUUACUGAAUAAGUUUAAUUUUGGGCAUUCUUUCUAGUAAUCAAUUUAUAUGAUUGUGCAAAAAAAAUCAAUGCUACAUCGAAAGAAAUUAUUUUUCGAAUAAAUUGCUUUUAGUGGUUUUCCAAUGAGAAUCAUUGAAAUGCCUGGUUUUAGAGUUACUCGUAUAUCGCGACAAUACAACGGUACGUGGAAGUACUUAGAGAAAAUCAAAAUAUUCGUGUACAUAUAAUUAUAUAUGACUUCCGGUAUUGACGUAUCCGGCAAUCGAAGAUUUUCGAAAGAAAAACAAAAAAGUAUUUUUGUUACCUGAAAACUUGGAAUCUCAUUAGUGACGUAAAAAUUUUAGUUAUAAUAAAUAAACAUCAAUCGUCGAGACUUAUAUUCGUUUAUUUUGAAAAUACGAAAUUAAUUUCAAAUUAAUAUAUUAAUUCAGGGAUAAAGUGGAGAAGGAGGAGGAAGGGGGUUUGAUAAGAAUAUGAAAAAGGUGUAAACAAAUAAACAAUAAACGUUUAACUGGGACGAAUGUAA